AUUUAGUUAUAUUUUUCUUUCGGUAUAAAUAUGUAUUUCAGAAUAUUUAUUUUUGUUUUCAAUUGAGAUUUUAAUAAUGAGUCAAGUAAUGAGUACAGUUUCCUGUUUUGCGUUAAAUAUUUAUGAACAAUUGAACGGAAUAAAUGUCAACUUGGACAAUAUUUAUCCCUACGGUACUUUACGAUUGUACCGCUAGAUUUUUUUGAACUGUUUUGUUUAUUAGCAUCGGAUGUGAUUUUUCAAUUCUCAUCUUUUCAACAAAAUUAAAGUAAAAAAAAAGCGUUUAAAAGUUAUUUUUUUCUCUCGGAGGAAGCAAAUUUUGUUAAAAAAGGAAGAGCUAAAGAAAAAGUGUGUUGCAGGUUUUUCAGUAUCUGAAAACAAUGGCAAGUGCGGACAAAAAACGAGCAAAAAAUUUUACGAAGGAUGAUGUGGAAUUACUUACGGAACUAGUGUUCCGUUUCAGGAAUGUCAUUGAAAACAAAAAGACUGACGGUGUUACAACAAAACAAAAAAAUGAAGCAUGGAUCAAAAUUGCAGCUGAGUUUUCAGCUUCAGCGUCACACCCUCGUAAUGCCGAUCAAUUGAAAAACUACUACAAAAACACCAAGUCAACACUGAAAAAAGAACUUGCGAAAGAAAAAUCAGAUUUGUUUCGUACCGGAGGUGGCGCAGCUACUAUGAAGCGGAACCCCGAUAAUCCAAUUUAUGCACUGGUACAGCAGGAAGUAACGCCACUGAGUAACCCCUACGACAGCAGCAGCACUUAUUUCAACGAGGAACCUCAAGCAUCUACCAGUAAAGGUAGUUCUCGGGCGUUCGCUGAUUGCUUCGAAGAAUUUGUUUCCCUCGGAGGCGAUCCGAACGAACUGGGUGAUUCGUCGGGUAUCGCAGCUGGCGGAGAAGACACUAAUCACACUGAAGGUGCCGCUUUCGGGGGGGCAAACACGGGUGAUCCCGGCGGUCGCAACAGUACAGGUGCUCCCGGUCCCGGUGAAGGUACUACAUCUCUCGGAGGACAAAGUACGGGCGUCGUGCGAAACAAUAAACGUCAGCGGAUGAAUUUCAAUACCCUACGAGAAUACGUGGGAGAGCUAGGACACCUGAAGAAGAAAAAAUAUGAGCUCCAAUGUAAACUGUUGGAACUGUCGAUCAAAAAAAUGGAGCGUGAAAUCGAAAAACCUGAGGACGAUGAUAUGUUAUAGUUUU